AUGAUUCGUAGAGAUUCUGGUGAAAUGCAAUAGCAUAAUUAUAGCUCGUCUAAUUUUAUCAACUCAGCUAAAGAAAUUCAAACCUCAAGAAAAGAAUAUUUAUUCUAAAAAUUACCUUCUUUAGAUUCUCCAUAAGCUAAUAACUUUUGCUAAGUUAGAAAAGGGGGUUCUGCCAAUUUCAUUGAUAUAGAAAGAGUAAAUAGUGCAUAAAAAUCACUUACACCGUAGCAAUAAAAAAAGAAAAAAAAUUAAACAAUAUAAAUUGAGGAGACCGCUCAAUUUGAUCUUGGUUCUAGUAGACAUUUUUAAAGAUUAUUCACAAUAAAAAAUCAUACAAAAUCAUCUACUGGCAGUGUAAAAUCUCAAAGAGAAGAAUACACGAGCAUGAUUACAAAUUAAGUACCUUUAAGAAAAUCACAUUAUCAUCAGACCUAAUAAAUUUAAUAAUCAUAAUAAACAGUUUAGUAACAAUAAUGUCCAUUUUCUUAAGGUAAAUCAAUAUAAAAUAUUAUAUCAUCUUUCAAAGAUAAAAAGUAAUUAAUUUAGUUUUAUAUAGGCCAAAAAAUGGAAUAACACGUCAUAGUGAAUUUGAAAAAAUGGAAGGUUUAGAUGAUUACACAAAAGAAUUAAGUACCAUAUUGAAUGAAGAUGACCUUAUUGGAUCAAUUCUAAGAGAAGCAAGAGAAAUGAAAGGAGUAAUCAGAUCAUUGAUUGAUUUAACAAAUGGUAAUAAACUUACUUAUCAUUUUGAAACUUUGAAACAAUUGCAUUCUACUUUAGAUAUAACUGAUCAAAUGUUCAAUAGAUUUAAAUAUUUAUAUCUUAAAUACUUAAUGUCAUUGAAAAUAAGUAUAGAUAUAGUAUUCAAAUGUGCUUAAACAGUUGAAUACUACAGAGGAGCCAUAGUAUCAGAGGUAACUUAUAUUUCAUAAUUUUAUAGUCUCGAUCUGUCUAAAAUGUUAAAGAUAAUAUUAGAACCAUUGCUAAAAAUAUGUAUAGUCAAAUCUAUGAAGAUUUUUCUUUAAGUCCCUUAUUUAAAGGAACUAAAUAGGAAGAAUAAGCAAUCAAAUUUAGUAGAAUUUUUGGUUUUAUUUUGGGAUCUGCUGAAUCUACUAAUUAUGUUAUGGAUUCUAUGAGAGAUUUUCAUAGGGCUUUUGAAAUAACUUCUGUUUAAUACUCAGUUUUUAAAUAUUACUUAUCUAGUUCUUUAUCAAAACAUACUCAAAAAGAGGUCAUUUGGUAUAUUUUAGAAUAAACCGAUUCUUACAAAGCUGCUGUUAUCAAUUAAGAUAGCAUUAAAGAUUUAGUCUACAAAUAAUAAGGUUUUGAUAAUUUUUCUUAGGAAUUUAUCAAAUUAUGUUAACAAGAUUAAUUUAUCAAUAAAAGCUUCAUUCAUAAAGUUGGAUAUGAUUAGUUUGUAGAACAUACUAAAUAUUUUUUACAUUAUGCUUUUAAUAAAUAAAAUAAUUGUUUUACCCUUGAAGAUUUAUAAUCGUUUCAUUGUUAACAUUCAAUUAAUAUUAAUUUAUAUCAAAGUAUCAAAGAAAAAAUGAUGAUUUUAUUAACUAAAUUGAAUCCACAAAGAGUUAUUUUCUAAGAUUUUGAAGAAGAAUUUGAUUUAAUACUACCUUAUAUUAUAAAUUAAAAACUACCUUGCGAAAUUGUAGGUUAAUAGAGAUUAUGUGAAUUCAUUCCAAUGAUAUCAGAUGAAUUGAAAUCAAAUGUAGAACUUAAAAAUAUUUUUGAUAGCAAUGAUGCAAAUGUUAAUAAAAUUGUUUUAAAAAAAUUUGAAUAUUUAUUAUCAGGUAGAAAAUAUUUUAAAAGAUCUGAUAUACAAGCAAUCCAUUCAAGACUCAAAAUUAGUGAGCAUUUAUUUGAAAAAUUUGUCCAUCUAAUUGAAAAAGCUAUUAGAUAAUAUGAUACUUCAUUGUUAUGGAUGGUUGAUGCAAUAAAACUUUGGAAGUACAUUAUCAUAACUGUUUGA